AUGAUUACAUUCUGGACUAAUAAUCACCCAUAUGGAAUGGGAAAAGGACCAAUAUAUCUAAGCGACCUGGAUUGUUCUGGCACGGAAACUCACAUCAAUAACUGUACAUAUACAACAAACCACUCGUGUAGCCAUAAUGAUGACGCUUCCGUAGUUUGUAGGUAUGACCUAAAUGUCACGGAUAUUCGACUACAGAAUGGAACAGGGCAAUAUGACGGUCGUGUUGAAAUAAAAGUGAAUAACACGUGGGGAACUAUUUGUAAUAGAUAUUUCCAAAAGAGCGAUGGUUCCGUACUCUGCAAGAUGCUCAAUCUAACGUACACGCACUACUUCACAACUCCUAUAUAUGGCAGCAGUGCUGGUCCUAUAUACAUUGACGAAAUGUCCUGCUCCAGCAGUUAUAACCAUAUAAAUAACUGUUAUUUUGAUCCGGCUGACCGCGAAUAUUGUUCACACAAUUUGGACCUAUCAUUAGUGUGCACAGAAUGUGGUGAACCUAAUAUAAUAAACGCUGUUCUGUCUUCAUUUAACGGUACGGUUGUAAGGGCAACUUGUUUUUCUGGUUACGUUCCACAAUCAAUAACCCUGCGUUGCUUAGAAAAUGGAACAUGGAAAGGGGACAAUACCUGUAAAUUACCAUACGAAUACCCACUUAAUAUAACGGACAUACGUCUCAUCGGUGGUUAUGGACCAUAUGAAGGAACAAUACAAGUUAAAGUCAAUGACCAAUGGGGUUACAUAUGCAAUAGUGACUUUGAUAAUUCAGAUGCAGAAGUAGUAUGCAAGAUGAUAGGAUAUCAGUUUUUACGCACAAGACCUCACUACAGCUCCAGAAUAGUUCCAGAAUAUAUCAGCCAACUACAAUGUAACGGAACAGAGUCUCACAUAAACGAAUGUUCUUAUGAAAUACCAUACAUCUGUUCUGUUGGAAAUUCUCUAAACUAUGCUGGAGUAGAGUGUACAGGUAACCAAUUGAACAUCUCUGGAAUACGACUGGCGGGAACUUCAGGACCUUAUCAUGGCCGUGUUGAAAUAGAGGUUAAUAACACAUGGGGAACAAUUUGUGAUAAUUACGUUUCUAGUACGGGAGCAAGUGUUUUGUGUCAUAUGUUUGGAUUGGAAUAUUAUACAUAUUAUGGCGGUGCUCAUUAUGGGAAAGGUACUGGGCCAGUUUACAUUGACAAAUUACAUUGCUCUAGCUCGUACUCGCAUAUAAAUGAUUGCAAGUAUAUAACGGAGCAUACUUGCCAGCACAGCGACGAUGUAUCUUUGAUGUGCUACGGGCCAAAACUAAAUAUAACCGACGCGCGUCUAGCCAAUGGCACAGGACCUUUUGAUGGACGAGCUGAAAUCAAGGUCAAUGAUACAUGGGGUACUAUUUGUGACAACAACUUUAACAUAAACGAUGCGAAUACAUUUUGCAACAUGCUUGGAUUGAAAGGUGCACAAUAUUUCACCGGUGCAACACAUGGUCAAGGAACAGGUCCAGUGUAUGUUGAUGAAUUCUUUUGUGGAACUUACGAUACCGAUCUGAGUAACUGUAAAUAUUUGUUUCGAAACUCCUGCAAGCAUGACAGAGACGUGUCUGUGAUGUGUAAUGAAUGUGGCCAGCCAGAGAUAAACUACUGGGAUGUUGGUUACUUCAGUUACAAUGGAACAACACUUUAUGCCGAUUGCUCUUACUACAGGACAUACAUAGGAACGUUAAAAAUGACAUGUAAUAAUGUUACAAAGUCCUGGGUGACCGAGGGUGAAUGCAAGGAAUACAAGUUCCCUUUAGACAUAAGUGAUAUUCGUUUAAAAGAUGGGACUAAGCCGAGUAAUGGUCGAGUUGAGAUAAAGGUUAUGGACACGUGGGGUACAGUUUGUGAUAAUUAUUUCGGAAAAGAAGAAGCUGAUACAGUUUGUCGAAUGAUUGGUUAUGCGCGCGCCUUCGAAGUUUAUUCCAGUGCCUACUUUGGAGAGGGGAAAGGUCCAAUUUUUGUUGACGACCUCAAUUGUUUACCAACUGCAACACAUUUGAACAACUGUUCAUAUGUUACAUAUGAUGAUUGCGAUCAUUCAAAUGACGUUUCGGUUAUUUGUACAGACUGCGGAGAUCCCACACCAGCUAACGGACGGAUAAAUUCGUCAGAAUCAGGCUACGGAGCUGUCGUUGAAGUGAUCUGCAAUGACGGAUAUUUGCUUCUUGGUGAUGCAGUAAUAACUUGUCAACUUACUAACAACUGGACUGAUACAUCAUCUUGCAAGUUAAUAGAUUGUCAAAACGCAGCUCCGCCAAAUGGACAAAGUAACACUACUGAAACUGCGAAUGGAACUGUAGCUAAGAUCACGUGUGAUACUGGUUAUAACUUGUCGGGAAAUGACAUAAUUACUUGCCAGUCAAAUGAAACAUGGACAGACUAUCCGUCAUGCAAUAUAGUUGACUGUGGAAUACCGUCGCCCGAUAAUGCGAAUGUCACACUCUCAGAGAACAAAACAACGUACAGGGAGAUAGCUGUCAUCAGCUGUAAUAUAGGCUACAGACCAGACGGUAGCACGCCCGUGUCUUGCUUAGCAAAUGGCACGUGGGAGUCAUGGCCUUCGUGUAAUAUCAUAGAUUGUGGUGAUCCAACACCUAAUAACGGUAAUAGAAAUUCCACCCACACAAUAUACGGCUCAGUAGUAUCAGUAACAUGCGAUCAUGGAUUGAACAUCAAAGGGAAUUCUACAAUUAUAUGUCAAGCUGACGGUACUUGGAGUGAUAACCCAGUUUGUGACGCUUCUGAUUGUGGUUUAUUGUCGGUUCCAAACGGCAAAGUUAAUGCAUCUUCUGGUACAACUAUUGGAUCAUCGGCCUUUGUGACAUGUAACGAAGGUUAUAGAUUAGAAGGGCCACCCAUUGCUAUCUGUGUGUUGGACGGGUGGAAUAGUAGCGUCUCCUGUCAAAAGCAAGAUUGUGGUGAUCCAACACCAGAAAAUGGAAAAAGAGUUGAUAACGGUGGAACUGAAUUUGGCAGUAGUGCAACUAUUGAAUGUAACACUGGGUAUGAAUUAAUUGGGGACAACAUUAUUACGUGUGAUGACGGGGGUGUAUGGAGCGAUAAUCCGCAGUGUAAAAUAAAAGAUUGUAAACAACCUGAAAAUCUACCGGGAAAUGGGAAAUGGGAUGAUUCAGAAGGUACAAAGUACAAUGCGACAAUUAAUUUUGUUUGCAAUGACGGAUUUCUUCUUGUUGGGAGGACAUCGAUUACCUGUAAAAGCGAUGGGAAAUGGAGCUCAUCACCGCCUUUAUGCGUAGAAAAAUCAAAUAUAGGCGGUACCUGCGUUACACCAGAUUAUUGUAAUACCGGGAACGCCAAGUGUACCAAUCAUUUGUGUUCAUGCGUGUCUGGAAUCCAUGAUGAAAAGGCAAAUAAAUGUGAUACAAUGCCACUGAUACCAUAUGGACUUAAACAUAAAGAUAAAGAAGUACCAAAAAGCAGCGUUUGUGGAGAGAAGAUUUUGUUUUCUCCAGGCAUUCCUAUGUUUGAUAUAAUGCAUAAAGAGUUAUAUGUAUGUUCAAAUGGUAUUAUAAGUUUUGAUAGUAAAUAUACCAAUCCAACACCUCCGAGGAACAGAGACAGUGUUUCUGAGUUUGCUAAUAGAACACUUGUAGCACCAUUCCAUGCACCAAUCAAUUCAUCAUCGGGAUCUGUUUUCUACCGCAUCUAUGACAUUCAAAACAAUUACAAAAUGAUGAAAGAAGAUAGAGAGUCUCAGUCUAGUUUGGUUACAUACCUAGAAGACAUAGUGACAACAUUUGGGGACAUCGACAAGUUUGAUGCCAGUUUUGUACUGCUAGCAACUUGGGACUCUAUGAAGGCAUCUAACAAUGAUUAUGAUAAAACACAGGCCGUUACAUUUCAAGCAGUACUUAUUUCAGACGGUUCUGUAACAUUUUCAUUCUUCAUUUACGGCCAUGAUUUCAUGCAGUGGAGAUAUAAGGGAGCCCAGAACCCCACAAUUUGGGUUGGAUAUGCGAUAAAUCAAACUAAACCAUAUACCCACCCAUUUUCAUUCUCAGACUCAUCAUUAGGGCUUGAUACAGUAGAGCAGAGUUUGCCUUCGUCGUAUAACGGAGUAUCUGGUCUGAUAUUCAAACCAUUGUCAAGUGUGACUGACUCAAAACCAAACUAUGAUGUUGAAUGUAUCACAUGGUACAAUGCAAAUCUAGAAGAGAAACAGAAAAAUGACAUCAUAGCAAGUCGACUUCCUGAUUGCCCUUGUGACAUAUGGUUAUCAAGGACUGAUCCUUGGUUUUGGAAUAUUAAUCGAUGGCUACAAACACCUUACACAUGCGUCAAUAUGUUUCCUGGACAAAUAUAUCAGCCGUAUGGAAAGUCAUGCUGUUACGAUCUUUCAACAUGGCUUUGGACGGACAGACGACCGGUGGCUGGAAGCUUUUACCGAUACCAUCCAGAUCAUCAAGUGGAUCAUUAUAUAAAUGACGUUCAUCCAAGAAAAGUAUGCUGUGAGCUUUCGAACAACUGCAAUCUUUUCUACGAUUUACGUCCAACUGGUGCAUGCUACCGGCAAUCACCAUAUAAUUUUGGAAUAUUUUGGGGCGAUCCACAUUUCCAAACAUUGGAUGGUCUUAACUUUACAUUUAAUGGCCUGGGAGAAUACACCCUUCUCAAAGUUCAAACAGAAAAUAUUUCCUUUGAUCUCCAAGCAAGAACAGAGCGGGCAAGGAAACAAGACGGGUCGCUGUCUGACGCAACAGUUUUUAGUGCGUUUGCUGCAAAAGAUUCGUCCAAUGUCUCAUUCCAUGUGGAAAUGAACAAGGCCAAAAAUGGUCUUAAUCUUUACGGAAACAAAAUAGAUUUGACUGAUCAGUACAAUUCCUAUAAUGGCAACGAAACACCUUUCUCAUAUACAACCGAAGAGAUAAACAUUAUCAUAUCUAAAAGAGGCGAAACUCUAACUGCACUGUUUCCAUUGAGUGGUAUAUCGUUGAACAUAUCAUUUAGUGCAGGAAUGUUAUCACUGAACACAUUAGUUCCUGACACGUUACAUAACGCAACAACCGGUCUACUUGGAAAUUAUGACGGAUUAUCCAGUAACGACUUCAUGAUGCCAAACAGAACUAUUCUGUCGUCAAAUAUGUCAGACAGAGAAGUUUUUGCUUACGGAAAAACGUGGGCAAUUAACAUGAAUGAUUCUGCAUUUGUAUAUGAAGAAGGAACAACCCAUCUUGAUUAUCAUAAUGACAGUUAUGUUCCAAGAUUCUUAGAUGAAGUUGACGACGAAACAAAGAAAAAUGCAGAGAAAGUUUGCAAUGGAUCACAAAACAUUGAGUGUAUAUUUGACUUUGUUUUCACUGAGAAGACAGAAAUAGCCGAGGAAGCUAAUCGUAUCAAGGGACAGGCUGAUUCAACUCGUGCUGAACUAGACGAAAAAGUUCCUUCUUUGGCAGGAUGUCAUACAGUCAAUAUAACAAAAGGAGAUGAAGUAAAUUGCCAAGUGACCUUAGAUGACGAAACAGACCUUCACUUUAUUGAAAACAACGUCAAUGCUCGAAUUGAUCCAGAAACUUCUACUGUAUCUUUCAAACAAAUUGAUGAAAACCCAUCAGUAGUGCGGUUUUAUGCCAAGAAUGCAAAAGAUAGAUCUUCGACUUCAUUCAUUGUUAGUAUCAUAUUAUGCACCGGUUGUCAUGGAAACGGCUACUGCACGGACGAAAUACGUGAGGACACUCGAGAGACAGAAUACUUCAAAUAUGCAACUUGUGUCUGCAAUACAGGAUAUGAAGGAUCGGAUUGUGAGAGAGAAUUUGAUGCUUGUUCAGAAAAUCCAUGUUCAUUAGGACGAAAUUGUACAAGAAUUCCACUUCUGAACCCGUUAAACAAUGGUAAAGGUUAUACGUGCGGCAAAUGUCCACGUGGAUAUCAUUCUCUCGCUGCCGACAAUGACGAGUGUUUAGAUAUCGAUGAAUGUAGCCAUAGUGUAUGUGAACAUUUUUGCACAAAUACUGACGGAAGUUACCAGUGCAGUUGUGAAGCAGGAUUCAGGGUAGAUAACAAAAACACCAGCAAAUGCCGAGACAUAAACGAGUGUGACGAGGCCAGACACAACUGCUCACACAUAUGUAACAACACAAAUGGAGGGUUUACCUGUCAAUGCCAUCCUGGUUAUAUUUUCAAUACUUCUUCCUGGAGAUGUGAUGCCAGUCCCGAUGAAAGUAAAUCAUGUAGUAUAAAAGAAGUUGCCACUUGUAAUCUAACUGCCGGAUGUAUUAAAGACAACAAAAGCGUUUCCAGUUGUUUCUGUGAGUCUGGUUUUGAGCUAGAUAAAACAGGCAAGCUAUGUAAAGAUAUUGAUGAAUGCAAAAGAAGUGUCUGUCCACAAAAUUGUUCGAAUACAAAUGGAAGUUUUGAAUGCAAAUGUUUCAAUGGAUACAAGUUACAAGGAAAAACAACAUGUAAAAGAUGCGAGGUUCCUCACUGGGGUGAAAACUGUUCCAAGAAAUGUGAGUGUACUGGUCAAGGUGCCGACCGAUGUGAUCCUGUUAAAGGUUGUAUAUGUUUACCUGGAUGGACGGGUAAAAAGUGUAAUAAUGAUAUUGAUGAAUGCAGUGGCAUUGUUGGUGAUAUCUGCAAAGACUCCCGUAAAGAAUGUGUGAACAAUCAAGGCUCAUACAGUUGUAGAUGUAUAAAGGGAUUUAUUAAAUCCUUCGACGGAACUUGUGAAGAUUUUGAUGAAUGCUUAAACCCAGUUACAAACAAUUGCACACAAUCAUGUACAAAUACCGUUGGUGGAUAUACGUGUGGUUGUCACAAAGGAUUUUCGAAAAUUAACAAUACACAUUGUAAAGACAUCGACGAAUGCACUCUUGGAACAGCGGGAUGUGAACAGUUUUGUGAAAAUAGUCCCGGUCACUACAGCUGUUACUGUUACUAUGGUUACACACUUAACGAUGAUAGAAAAACGUGCUUACAACUAAAAGAUCCGUGUAAGACGUUAAAUGGCCUUAAUUGUUCUCAUUAUUGCCAUGUGAAGGAUGGUACAUCUUCUUGCAAGUGCCGUACAGGCUACAAACUACUCCAAGACAAACAAACAUGUACAGAUAUAAACGAAUGUAGUGUAAAUACCUUAAAUGAAUGUUCAAUCGGUUCCACAUGCAACAAUACCAAUGGAUCAUACGUCUGCCAGUGUCCUAUCGGAACAAAACUUGAAAAUGACGGACGUACUUGUUCAGUAUGUGAUGAGUUUCAUUUUGGAGCUGGAUGUUCAAAGAGUUGUAGUUGUCUACAUGGUCAUUGCGACAAGACAAAAGGAUGUAUUUGUUCUCCUGGUUGGGAAGGCACUAACUGCGAUAUUGACAUAAAUGAGUGUACACGGAGAACCAAUGAUUGUAAAGGUGAUCAAAUUGAGUGCGUUAACCUACCCGGAAGUUCUAUUUGUAGAUGUAAGACUGGAUUUCAAAACGUCUCUGGACAUUGUCAAGACAUAGAUGAAUGUCAGAAUAGCACCUUAAAUACUUGCGAUCAGAAGUGCAUCAACAAUAAUGGCAGCUACUCAUGUGCCUGCGAGACUGGCUUUGUAUACCGUCAUGAAAAAUGUGAAGAUAUCAACGAAUGUCUACAGGGUGAUAUAUGUGACCAAACAUGUGAAAAUACCGUUGGAAGCUACAGGUGUAUAUGUGAACAAGGAUUCAGCCUGGAUCUGACGGAUAGAAAGUCAUGUAUAGUGAACAACAAAUGUACAAAUGAAACCAAUACGUGUGGGGAUCAUGCAACGUGUUUUAUUAAAAACGGCAAACCAGGAUGUAUCUGCAGCAAAGGUUUUGAGAAACAUGGAUCAACUUGUGAAGAUAUUAACGAAUGCGGACAUUCAAAUGGAAUGUGUACUCAGAUUUGCAACAACACUCUUGGUAGUCAUAUAUGCAGUUGUAACGUUGGCUUCGUCUUGCUGGACAAUGGAAUAACAUGCCAGGAAUGUCCAGCCGGGAUGUUUGGAGAGGGAUGUAAACACAAAUGCUCUUGUAUCACAACAAAUACAAACAAAUGUGAUAACGUAGAUGGAAAAUGUAUUUGUCAUCAAGGCUGGGAAGGCAGAUAUUGUGAGAAAGACAUAAAUGAAUGUACAAGUAACAGUGACAACUGUCCUGAAAACUCAAAAUGUGAAAAUAGUGUAGGGAGUUACAGAUGCAAAUGCAACUUUGGUUUCAUAAUGGACUACAAAGGAAUAUGCAAAGAUAUUAACGAAUGUCAAUCGAAUCCUUGUACACUAGACGUCUGUGAAAAUACUGCUGGAAGUUAUAAGUGUAAAUGUGAAACUGGUUUUACAAAAAUAGAAAACAAAUGUGCGCGUUGUACGAGCAAUAAAUUCGGUGUAAACUGCUCGCAAACCUGCCGUUGUAAUGGGGAACAUUCUUUGAAUAAAAUACAGACUUGUGACAGCGCCACUGGAAAAUGUAUGUGUCAGCCACAUUGGCAAGGUGAUACAUGCAGUGACGACGUUGAUGAAUGUGAGGAGAAAGCGAUAUGUAAAGAUAAAGAUAAUACUGUAUGUACAAAUUAUAAAGGCGGAUAUUCUUGCAAAUGCGAACAUGGUUACAAAGAGUAUCCAGGAACAGUGUGCAUUAAAGAAUCGCCUAUCAUGAUAGACCUCACAGUGAACAUCAAUGUAGAUAUUUCUGAUAAAACAAACCGUAAAGAACUGCAACGAAUUUCCACUGAUAGUCUAAGAGAUUUUUAUCGUCAGUAUACAAAGGCUGACAUUGAGAUCUUGAUCAGAAAUAUAACGUUUGCCAGUUCCGCUAAAAUCGUUCGCCGUAGCACAAGGAAGGAGUUAAAAAUUGAUUAUACAGUGAUUUACAAAGAAGAUGAUAUAAGUGUAGCUUCUGAGCUGACAGUCGCUACUAUGGAUCUUUCAAGAGGAGCAGAUCUUAAAUUUGACGGACAUACAGUCGUUGUUAAAGCAGUGAAUGUGAAAGGUAAGCAACCAUGUGAUGUAUAUGAGGAGACUGUAGGAAGAUGUGCUGAUGGCUUCAAAUGCGAAGUUGAAAACGAAAGACCAGUUUGCAGAACAAGUACCUCUGAGGUAAACCUUGCAUUGAUAAUAGGAGUGUCGUGCGGUUGCUUUAUUCUGUUGUUGCUCAUCAUAAUUGUGAUAAUGUGUCUCAGACAACGAAAUCAAAGGAAGAAGGAAGAAUUCAGAAUGCAAAGGGAGCUUACAAGUGCUUCUGACAUGGGAAUGAAACUUGAAAAUAUAAACAGCCGUCAGGGGAACAUCUACAACGUGUUAGAUUGGCAGACCGAUAAGACAGCGGCGGCAAACAUGGGAGAUAAGGGCGAUGACAACGAAUCUAAGUAUAUGACUUGGAAAUCGAUAGCUUCAAGAUUUACCAUGGCAUCUGGCAAUGAUUCUAGAAAUGAUGGACUCUAUCACAUUCCCCGUGCGAGAAUGAAGGCAUCUCCUAGUCCAAAUCCAGACUACAUAACUCCAAGGGAAUAUUAAUCGGACUUUUUAAUAGUGUUGUUGAUGACUUGUUUUUUACUUUAUCUUUGUGUUACUUUUAUCCAAUCUGUUAUCAUUAUACCAAUAAAUCCAGUGUCACUAUCAUGUGUAAAGCUUCCUCUCUAGAUAUUAGGACAUCAUAAUCUUUAUUUAAAUGAUUUGUUCUUUUGUUCUCUACGUUUAAAAAUUUUGAUAAAAUAAUGGAGAGACACUAUAUUAAAGCAUUAAUUUAGAUUAUUAUCAGUCCGAGAAUAAAUCGCCUGAAAAAGAAUAUUUUCUUCAAUAAAUUUACUGCAUAAAUCGACAAUAAAAAUGGACAAAGCAACAACGUUCUGCAAUUAGUAUUUUUAAUUCUUUUAAUCGCCAUAUAUCUAUAAAUGUGGUCUUUAAACGUUAGAAAAAAACGUCUACAUGAAAUGUAUAGUUGCUUAGUUUAUACAAUAUGCGGAAUGUCUUCUUUUUUAUAUAAGACAUACAUAUUGUAUCAACAAGAAGAAAAUCUCUUCAUAAGUAAACUAUAAUGAGAGAAAUGUUUUUGUUAAGGUUAAUGUUAAAGAAAUGUUAUUGAAAUUCAAUUUGAAGGAUGAGGACGUGUGUUAUGGAACAAAAUGUCUUGCAUACAAUAUUUUUUUCGGUUUAAAAAGGACUCAAUUAAUCAUUUCAGGCGUCAAUUUUGUUUUCUAUAGUUUCUCCGUUCUUGCAAAUAUAACAAUAAACUAUUUCUCUAGCAUUUGUGGAAAAUUAAAAAUCGAUUAAAUUGUACAUCUGUAUUUUGUCUUUAUAAAGAUAUCAUAAUAUGUGUCAUUCUUUCAAUAUGCUUAUAUGAUGUAAUUUGACAGUUUAAAAUCCUGUUUGUUAUAAUAAAGGUUGUUACCACACUUAAGUGAAAUAUAAUAAUGCUUCUUAAACAGUUUUCAAACAUCGAAGAAUAUGUUAAAUAUGUACUGCAAAUAUUUGUCCUCAUUAUAUGUAAUCAUUAAAAUAUAUGCAUUCAUUUCUUAUUGAAA